AUGGCAGCUCAUUCCAGCCAAUUGACAUUCCCCAUAGCUGAGUUGAUGAACAUUUUUAAACGCCCCUUGAUUGGCUACGCUACUACUUCAGUUAGUUUGAGUGAUAAGCGACUCCAUCCUUACUUCCUGCGAACUGUUCCUCCAGAUGAUAUUCAGGUUGUUCUCAUGCUACAGGUCAUGAAGCAGUUUGGUUGGGAUUAUGCCUCCAUCAUAUACACAAAUUCUGGUUAUGGAAUUUCAGCUAGAGAUGCCUUAAUCAGACAAGCAGCUUUCGCAAACUUGAAAACCUGCGUCGGAGUUGGUCAUGCUUUAGCUUACUCCACAUCCUUGACUGAAGUAGAAGAGAUUUUAGUCAGUUUGAGUCAAAAGGUUGGAUCACGUGUAGUGAUACUCUUUACAGAUCCAGCACACUCACGUCUGAUCCUUCAAGCCACCAAGAAUAAGGGACUGACUGGUCGAUUUGUUUGGUUGGCCAGCGACUACUGGGCUAACAGUAUGGAGAUUGUGCAAGGAUAUGAAGAAGAAGCUGUUGGUGCUCUUACAGUCCAGAUCCGAUCAGAGUUCGUCCAGUCUUUCAAUAACUUCAUGAUGAAUCUGAAUAUGACCAAUAGAAAUGGCAUCCCUGAUGACUGGUUUGAAGAGUUUUAUCAAACUAUACACAAGUGU